AUGGCAAAUCACUGUUCUCUGUUGAAGUCUGAACCGAUCGCCAAAGAAGAGAAACCGUCUCCUUUCCCACCUCUAGAAAAUUCAAGCUGGAAUUACAUUGAUGAACAGUAUCAUGAGUUUUGCAUGCAACAAAGCUUUUACGAUGAACUUCCUUUGUCGAUCGACAAUGGUGGUGAAAAUGACAAUGUAUUCUGGGAUGAACUGGGUUUCUUGUUUGAGCCUCGCAAAUACGAGAAGCCAGUGCUCAAGGUUGAAGGAGAAAUGAUGAUAAAGAAAGAGAGCGUUUCUGGCGAUAAAAAGUUCUGCAGGGAAGAGCAAGGCAAAAUUAGGGCAAAGUUGCUGUCUAGGAAAGUAAUCACACAGUACUUUUACAUGCCCAUUUCACAAGCAGCGAAAGAGCUUAACGUUGGGUUGACAUUGUUGAAGAAAAGGUGUAGGAAAAUCGGAAUCCGAAGGUGGCCUCAGCGGAAACUUAUGAGCCUCCGAAAUCUUAUCAACAAUAUUCAGUAUCCGAUAAAUGAUGAUAAAUUUAUGCAGGAGUUACAGGAGGAUGAAGGAGAAAGGAAAUUUAGGGAAGUGGUGGAUGUAUUGGAAAGGGAGAGGAAGAUGGUGGAAGAGAUGCCGGACAUGGAUAUGGAAUACGAAACCAAAAGACUUAGGCAAGCCGUUUUCAAGGCUAAUUACAAGAAGAGAAGUCUCGUCUCGACCACUGUCUCGCAAUCUUCCGUAUGUGGUGGUGGUGACGGUGGUGACGGUGGCCUAGUGAGUGAUUUGGAUUUGAUUACUUAUUAUAGGGGUUUAUACGACAGUUUUUCAUCGACAUUAUCUUAA